AUGAAUCAAUAAGAAUAUAUGAAUAGAAUCUUUUAAACCUAGUUAGCCAAUUCAACUUUUUUAAUCUGUCUUUAAUAAUAACCCUAAUUGUUUUAAUACAGUAUUAUUUAAUAUAUAAACCUAUUAGUAGUACCUUAAUAUUUUUAUGGAGACAUUGCUUAAUAAAAUGCAGGGAUAACAUGUGUUUAAUAUAGUAGCAAUUAAAAUGAAACUAAAAUUAAGGAAUAAUAAAAUUAAAGCAACUUACAAUAAGCUUAAGUCUUAGGAGAGCCUUUAUAUAUAAAAAAUGAAACAGAACGAGAAAUAAGUGAGAAUAAAUAUAAUGGUAUAAAAAAUCUAUUCAAUUUAUUCUAUAGGUCAUUGGACUAAAGAGGAACAUGAAUUAUAUCUUGAAUUCGUUGAUAGUCAUUAUGAUAUAUUGAAGUCAAAAUAUGAUAAAAAAUCUAAAAAGAUUUUUAAAAUGAUGAGCUAAUAUAUACCAUCACGAACUCCUACAUAAUGUAGAUCUCAUCAUUAAAAAUUUAAUCCUCUACAAUAAAAUAAGAGAAAGAAAAGGUUUAAGUUAGAAAAAUAUUGA